AAUGUUUUCAUUGUAAAUGCAGAAAAGUAUUGAGUCAAGAUUUUUGUAUUGUGUAAUAAAUGUUUUGAUAGUUAAUUACUUUAGUGUUCCUCCGCAAAACUAGAAAGAAAAAUGAACAAACAAUUGAAAGUGUCACAAUCACUGAAAUCAACUAAAUUUUCUUCACUAGUGUUUCUUUUCACCAAAAACCCACUUCUAUUAUUUUCUUUUAUGCUCAUACCAACCUUCUUCUUUCCUACUACUGCUUUUACUUUCUAGUUUAUUGUAUCAUUAGUGAAUGCACACCAGCUGUUCAAUGAAUUGUCUGAAUAUCUUCUAAGUUUAUCUUUCAUCUUAAGGCUAAGAACUUGUUCUUUAAUGGAGGAUCAACUCUCGAAAUCAACUUCAAUUUUUGGAAUACGAUUAUGGGUUUUAAUUGGAAUUGCCGUCGGAGUAGCCUUCGUUUUUUUCCUCUUUCUUAUAUCACUUUGUUAUAUCUCAAAACGCAACAGUAGCAAGUCAAAACGCAAGACCCAGUUUCAAUCUCAAGCUGCAAGUACUAAUACUGCAAUAAUCCCAGUUUUGUCGAAGGAAAUCCAAGAGAUUACUGUAGCAAAUUCAUCUCAGAAUACCCAUUUCCAUCAUCAUGAACCACAACAACCCGACCUGGUAAAUGGCCCGGGUAGAAUUGUCGGUAAUGAGAAUAAUAAGUUGAAAGCAGGAUCAGGUGAAGAAAGACUCCAAAUUGAGUUGGUUGGUAAGGAUAAAUUCGGUGGGUCCGGGUCCGGGUCAUCUUCGUCGGCGGCUCGAAAUUUGGGUGAUCAUCAAGUGCCUUUAGUGGUUCCUGAAGUGUCCCAUUUGGGUUGGGGUCGUUGGUACACUUUAAGAGAGUUAGAGGAUGCUACUAAUGGGUUUUCUGACCAGAAUGUUAUUGGUGAAGGUGGUUAUGGUAUUGUUUAUUAUGGUGUUUUAGAUGAUAACACCCAGAUUGCUGUUAAAAAUCUGCUCAAUAACAAGGGACAAGCUGAGAAGGAAUUUAAGGUUGAAGUGGAAGCGAUUGGCCGAGUUCGGCACAAGUGUUUAGUUAAAUUGCUGGGUUAUUGUGCUGAAGGAGCUCAAAGGAUGCUUGUUUAUGAGUAUGUUAAUAAUGGAAACUUGGAACAAUGGCUUCAUGGGGAUGUAGGCCCUAUUAGUCCCCUUACAUGGGAGAUAAGGAUGAACAUCAUUUUGUGCACAGCAAAAGGGCUAACUUACCUUCAUGAGGGACUUGAACCUAAGGUUGUUCAUCGGGAUAUAAAGUCGAGCAAUAUUUUACUUGAUAAGCAGUGGAACGCUAAGGUUUCGGACUUUGGGCUUGCUAAGCUUCUUGUCUCCGAGCAUAGUUAUGUUUCUACUCGUGUAAUGGGAACCUUUGGCUAUGUUGCUCCUGAGUAUGCAAGUACAGGCAUGUUGAAUGAAAGGAAUGAUGUGUAUAGUUUUGGGAUCCUGAUAAUGGAAAUUCUCUCUGGUAGAGUUCCAGUUGAUUAUAGCCGCCCUGCAGCAGAGGUCAACUUGGUUGAUUGGCUUAAGAUGAUGGUUACAAAUAGGAAUCCCGAAGGAAUUUUAGAUCCCAAGCUUCCCGAAAAACCUGCAUCUCGAGCACUCAAGAAAACUUUGCUAGUAGCCUUGCGUUGCGUUGAUCCAAAUGCACAAAAGAGGCCAAAAAUGGGACAAGUUGUACAUAUGCUUGAAGCUGAGCAAGAUUCUUCCUUCAGAGAUGACCGAACUCGAACAUCAUCAAGGACAAAUGUCGAGACUCAAAAAGAAAUAACAGCGUUGAAGCAGGUAAUCGAGUAGAGAAUUUAAAGCAAUUUUUUGUCUAUUAGAUGAACUGGGAGUUGCUCUCUAUGGCAUUAUUUUUUGUUCAAUCUUGUAAUAUCCAGUUCAUUUAUUUAUGGUGUUAAAUGUGAAUGAUUCCUUCUUGCUGGCCAUAUUCCAUGUCAUUCUUCAAAAAGAGAUCUUCCCCUACCUUCCUUUACACUUCUUCAAAAAGCCACUAUUCUAUAUAGACAAGUUUUGUAAAGUGAAUCUUAAGUAAUGCUAGUGCUUUAGAGCCGUUAAAAUUGAUGGAUCUGACAUACUUGAAGAGAUUCUAUCUCAUAUUUAUUACAAGAUCCGUAUAUGGUGUCCA